UUUGCGGAAGCCAGAGGAGCCAAGGCGGCGCUAAAUUAAAUUAGCAUACUAACUAGUUAGCCGUGCGCCGAUGUGGAUGGACGGGUGAAAACAAGUCGGAGCUGCCCGAAGAAACACACGUCUUCUGAAGUCAAGACACCGCCAGGUCCGGGCUCAUUUUGUCGGGAUCUUCCUGCCGUCCGCCUGCCGAGGAGAUGGGGGACAAGGCGGGCACCAGAGUUUUCAAGAAGUCGAGCCCCAACUGUAAGGUGACUGUUUACCUGGGAAAGAGAGACUUUGUGGACCACCUGGACCACGUGGACCCAGUAGAUGGAGUGAUCCUCGUCGACCCCGAGUAUCUGAAGGACAGGAAAGUCUUCGUCACGCUCACCUGUGCGUUUCGUUACGGCCGAGAGGACCUGGACGUCCUGGGUCUGUCCUUCCGGAAGGAUCUCUACAUCUCCACCUUCCAGGCCUUCCCUCCGGUGCCGGAGGAGAAGAAAGCCAACAGCCGGCUGCAGGAGCGCCUGCUGAAGAAACUGGGCCAGCAUGCACAUCCCUUCUACUUCACUAUUCCUCAGAACCUCCCAUGUUCAGUCACUUUACAGCCCGGCCCAGAGGACACUGGGAAGGCGUGCGGCGUGGACUUUGAGAUCCGAGCUUUCUGUGCCAAGUCGAUAGAAGAGAAGAUUCACAAGAGGAACUCGGUGCGUCUGGUGAUCAGGAAGGUCCAGUACGCUCCGGAGAAGCCCGGCCCUCAGCCCAUGGUGGAGACCACCCGCAGCUUCCUCAUGUCGGACAGAUCCCUACACCUGGAGGCCUCUCUGGACAAAGAGCUGUAUUACCACGGAGAGCCCAUCAGCGUCAAUGUCCACGCCACCAACAACUCCACCAAGACAGUCAAGAGGGUCAAGAUCUCCGUGCGUCAGUAUGCAGACAUCUGCCUCUUCAGUACGGCCCAGUACAAAUGCCCCGUGGCCCAGCAGGAGGCGGAUGACCAGGUGUCGUCCAGCUCCACCUUCUGUAAGGUGUACACUCUGACCCCGACGCUCGACAAGAACCGAGAGAAGAGAGGCCUCGCUCUGGACGGGAAACUCAAACAUGAAGACACCAACCUGGCCUCCUCCACCAUUGUCAAGGACGUCACCAACAAGGAAGUCCUGGGCAUCCUGGUGUCCUACAGAGUCAAAGUCAAGCUGGUGGUCUCACGUGGAGGAGAUGUUUCGGUGGAGCUGCCCUUCAUCCUGAUGCAUCCUAAACCUGUGGAGCCGCCGCUGUCCCGCCCAGAGUCCGCCGUGCCAGAGAUGGACCCCCCCAUCGACACCAAUUUGAUAGAAUUCGACACAAACAGCAUUUCCCAGGACGAUGACUUUGUCUUCGAGGACUUCGCCCGCCUGCGGCUCAAAGGCGCCGUGGACGACAAAGACGAGGACUGCUAGGAGCUCGCCACACACACACACACACACACACACACACACACACACACACACACACACACACACACACACACACACACACACACACACACACACACACAGAAACACAAACACACUCUCUCUUGACGUUGCAUUCCCCAGCAGAUGGGGUGUAUGAGAGCAUGUUUGGAUGGAGGCUCGGUGGCAUUCUUCCUCUUUUUAUUUUUAUUUUUUUGCAUUUUCUGUCAUGCUGCCGCCAUUUUUAUCGCCACUGUCUUCUUCUCCAUCUCUCUGUCUGUCUCUGUCCCUCUUUUUCUUUUCUUUUUUUCUUUUUGCUGAAGGUUGAAACAACUUCUAAAUGUUUAGCAGCUGCAGGACAGAUGUUAGCGGUGCCGAUCGAUCAGCUGAAAUUAGGAAAUAAAAAAAAAAAUAAACGUAUGAAAGGAUGUGCGUAGGAUGCUGUAGCGCUUGUCUUUGCGCUUUUAUUUUGAAAUAUUUUUUUUUUGAACGUCGACUGUUGUCCGCGGCGACGAUCACCAUCUUGUACAAACAGAAUAUAUAUUUGAAACGUAGAAAAACUUAAUCUUGUACGAGCAGUUUGAGAUCCGUGUUCAGUGGCUUUUCUUCAAGUGAUAAUAACGUGGAUGCUUUUUACAUCCUGGCUACGAGGGGAGGACACACACACACACACACACACACACAGAGACACACACACACACACACACACAGACACAG